AAAUGUACCGAAUCUGUAAUUUGGUCCGGUUGUCUCCGUAUCCAGAUUUGAUUUAAAAAAGGAAAGCGAAAACCCUACUAAGAGGUUUUUCUCUUUUGUCUGGUCAGAUUUGUUCUCGCAAACAUCAUUCACCAAACUCCAUUGUUAUAGCUCAGCUCAAGUUCUUAGCUUCUCUUCUUGAUUUUCCUCUAGAAGCUGUAACUCAAUCUACAAGUGAUUUCAUAAUCUCAAGAUGUUGCCAACUGAAUCAAAGAAAGCCUUGUCAUUCAAAAGGUAUAUCGAAGAUGGCGACUUAGUUAUCGUUUACGAAAGACAUGAUGUGAUGAAACCAGUGAAAGUAAGCAAAGACGCUGUGCUUCAGAACCGUUUUGGUGUGUAUAAACACUCGGAUUGGAUUGGGAAGCCAUUAGGGACUAAAGUAUUCAGCAACAAGGGUAAAUUUGUGUACCUGUUGGCUCCUACUCCUGAGCUAUGGACAUUGGUUUUAAGCCACAGGACUCAGAUUCUUUACAUUGCGGAUAUUAGCUUUGUGGUUAUGUAUCUAGAAGUCGUGCCUGGAUGUGUUGUUCUUGAGUCGGGCACAGGAAGUGGUUCGCUUUCGACUUCACUUGCUCGAGCUGUGGCUCCAACUGGACAUGUGUAUUCAUUUGAUUUCCAUGAGCAACGAGCUGUCUCUGCAAGGGAAGAUUUUGAGAAGACUGGAAUUAGUAGUUUAGUAACCGUAGAGGUUAGAGACAUUCAAGGAGAAGGUUUUCCUGAGAAACUGUCAGGUUUGGCUGAUUCUGUGUUUCUAGACCUUCCACAGCCUUGGCUCGCGGUUCCUUCUGCAGCAAAGAUGUUAAAGCAGGAUGGAGUUCUAUGCUCUUUCUCACCUUGCAUCGAGCAAGUACAACGGACUUGUGAAGUCCUCAGAUCAGAUUUCAUAGAGAUAAGAACGUUCGAGGUGCUUCUCAGAACAUAUGAAGUGAAGGAAGUGAAAAUGGAUACCAGUAGCAUGGUUGGUGAGAGCCACGAGGAGGACAAUGAAGGAAUGAGACCUUGCAAGAGAAAACACCGUUCAAACGAAGACGUCACCGUUUCACAGGACAACUCUUCUAAUGCAACUUCAGUCGUCAUGGCUCGGCCUUGUAGCGAAGCAAGAGGAUAUAUCGCGUGGAGGACGGUGAAUUCUACACCGGAACUUUUCUCUGACGAGUCAUUACCAGCCGAAGCCAAGGAUAAACAAGGACUCGAUUACAAGAGAAAGAUGGAUGAUGGGUUAUGGACGUUCGUUGAUAUGGCUAGCGGAAGAUACCUUUGGAGAAAUCUCAAGGAGAUGCGUGAGAAAAGUCAAUGACCAAGAUAAAAAAAAAAAUCGCCUGUUUGGCUUCUGAUAUGUAGAAAGUUGAGAAGAAGAAAAAUUGUUUCUUCGU